AUGGCGUCUCAGCAGCAUCAUAAUAUAGAUGGACGAGAUGAUACAUUUGCUGAUCUUGAAUAUCGUAUGACUAAUCCUAAGGCACCUCCUCAAGAUGUAAUGAAUCGAAAUGCUGGAGUUAAUAUUAUGAGCAAACAACCUGUAUCGAAAGCAAUACAACUCAAAGCCGAAAACUAUGAUUUAUGGUUUCAAAAUGAACGUUUAAUGGAAGAAAAUGGUACAUUAGGAAAUGAAUUAACGAAAUUACAAGAUAAACAUGACAAACUAAUGUACUUAGCACGUAAUCGUCUUGGUGAAAUUCGAACGAAAUAUCAAAAACUUGAACAAGAUAAUCUAUCAUUAAAAACUGAAUUAGAACGUUUAGCACGUGAAUAUGAAAUAACGAAAAAACUUGUCGAAGAUUAUCGUCGUAUGGAAGAACGUUUUAAAGCAGCAGAUCGUGAAAUGCGUAUGAUGAUUGAUACUUUGACACGUAAUAACGAAGAUCUAAAAGGACAAAAUCAAGUAUUAAUUAAUGAACUUGAAUUAUUAAAAGAAAAAUAUUUUAUUGCAAAACAAAAUUUGGAAAAAUCCAUGCGUGAUGCAUCAUCUCUAAAAGAAGAAUAUAAUAAAACUGUAUUUAAUCGUGAUUCAUCAGAAAAAGAAGUUGCACGUUUAACUGCUAAAGUUAAUGAAUUAACACAAGGCAAAAAGGCAGCUGACGAAAAAAUUGAAUUUUUAACCGGUCGUACAAAUAAUUUACAAGUCGAUUUAAGACGUUCAGAAGCAAAUGCUGCUAUGUUACAAGAACGAUUUACAUUAGUUAAAAAUGAACGUGAUGCAUUAGAAGCUGAUAGUAAAAAUAAAAUGGUAUUAUUAAUGCAAAAAUUAAAAGAACUUCAAGUUCAAAAUAAAACAUCAAUGGAACAAUUACAUGCACAGAGUAAACAAUGUGAUCAUUUGAAUGGUGAAAAUAAACAAUUACUUGAAUACGUUAAUGGUUAUCGUAAAGAAAAUGAUCUUCUAGCUAAACAACUUGUUUCGGUAAAUACAAAACAAAAACGUUUAGCACUUGAACUUGAAAAAUUGAAAUCUGUUGAUGCUUUUAUGAAAAAUGAAGAAGCAAUGAAAAUGCAAGAUGCUUUAAUGGGUUUAACUGAUCAAUUAACACAAUUACGUAAAAACCAUGCAAAUACACUUGCUGAAAAUCAACGAAUUAAAGAAUUAUUAAUUGAAAAAGAUUCUGUUCUGACCAAUUUGGGUUAUGAAAGACAUCAAUUACAAGAUAAAAUGAUUAAAAAUGAGCAUACAAUUCGACAAAUGGAACGAAUGUUAGAUAAUGGAGGAUCAAAACGAUCACCAUUAGAACCUUUAAGUAGUGCUGGACAAGGUGGUUCAGCAACGCAUGCAUAUACAUUCGAAAAUCUUGAAUCUUGA